AUGGCCACCUACCAGCCUUCCAGUCCAUUCACCAGGUCCGGCUGGAACCAAAACCCCCUAAUCCCAUUCAAUGGUCAGACUCACCGCCGCCACCGGCUUCAGCAGGCAGGCAGCUUGCAAAGUUGGGUCAGACAGGCGCCCUCAACCAUGACGACAGUGGAGUCCUCCCAAGACUACGCAUCCUCUUCGGAGGAUACGGAUAGCUCAAGCCUCCCCAAGGCAGUCAUCGUUGAUAAGGUCAUGUCCUUCUUUGUCCAAUGGCUCGACAGAAGGCUCGGGGUCCCACCCAGCACCCCUGUACCCAUACCCUCCGCGACAAGGGGAUUUAUCGCUUUGGCGCCUGCUGCCGGCCCGGAAAAAGAAUGGACCAGUACCUCAGACCUGGCCGAGAGGCUUAGGAUACAAAACCGCAUUGCGCAGCGUAGCUACCGCAAGAAGCUCAAGAGGCGCCUUGAGCAGCUGGAAAGGCGGGCGGGGGGCUCGAGCGGGACGGUCGCGGGGGGCACAGCGUUGCCGGGGGGCAGCCACAGUUCCUCUCCCCAGCCCGCCACCGGUCAUGGCAGCACCGCAGGAGCAAAACGGGCCGGCGGCGAUGGCCAGUCGGACCCAGACAGCGGCAGCACCGACGGCGAUGAUAAAAGGCGGGGAAAGCGGCCGAGGCUCGAUGCGCAAAACGACGGCAACGAGAGGGCAAAACUCGCAUGUCCUUACUACAAGCACAACGCGCGCAAGCACAAGCAGCAGCGCCCGUGCUGCGGGCCAGGGUGGGAUUUUGUUCACCGGAUCAAGGAACACCUGUACCGGAAGCACGCGUUGCCGAGAUACAGUUGCCCCCGCUGCUGCGAGCGCUUCGAGGCCGAGGACGAGCUCAGCACGCACGCCAGGGCGCCGGAGCCGUGUGGGGUCCGCGAGCCCGAGCUGCACGACGGGUUCACACAGGCGCAGGAGAAGCAGUUGCGGUCCCGGAAGAAGGACCGCGCCGCCGGCGUCGAGGACCUGACCGAGCCCCAGAAGUGGCGACAGAUGUACCGGAUCCUCUUCCCCGACGUGCGCGAGGAGGAGAUCCCGAGCCCCUAUUACGAGGACAACGACUUGAACAAGGGCGAACUCGAGGGCUUCGAAGACUACCUUCGAAGGGAGCUGCCGCCCCUGGUGAGACGGCAACUCGAGCAGGAAGUCGAACGGGAGCUCAACUUCGUCGAGGAGGGCUUGAAGAGGCGCGUCAUCAACAUGGUCCAAGGCCUUCAGCUGACCCUCCUCCAAAGCUACCGCAAGCUCGAGGAAUCCGAGGCGGCCCAACCCGAGGCGGCCGGGCCGGUACCGGCUGCGUCGUCUCUUGCCGGACCAAGGCGAUCCAGCAGCCCAAGUGGCCUCGCAGCCACCUGA